AUGAUCAAGGCGGUCAUUCUUUUGGAUGAUGUAGGUGAGCUUAUCUUGCAGCGCGUUUUUAUGGGUUCGUUCGACAAGACAGCCCUGGACCUUCUUCGUACCCACGUCUUAGGAGGGUCAAUUUCACAGCCUAUCCUUAGAAUUCCGCCCCACAUAUACGCAUACAAGAGGUGCGAUGCACUCCACUUUUUCUGCACAAUAUCUGCCAAAACAGACACUAUGUCCGCCAUUACUUUCCUCGACCGUUUUUAUAAGGCAAUGGGGGCUUUCCUCAAGGAAAAGGAGCUGGCCGGAAAUCUGAGGAAGUUUAUUCCCCUUAUCCAUGAGCUUCUCGACGAAAUGAUCGACAAUGGCGAUGUGCAGACGACCGAUCCUGAGGUUCUCAAGCUCUUCAUCCAGACCAGACAGAAAAUCAAUAAAGCGGAGGAGAGCAAUCAGCAGAUCACUGUCCAGGCAACCGGUGCUCUCUCCCACCGCCGCCAGGGAAUUAUUUACAAGCGCAACGAGAUCUUCAUCGACGUCGUUGAGUCUGUCAAUGCCAUGUUUAACAAUGUUGGUCAGUCCCUCCAUGCGGACGUCUCUGGAAAAAUCAUCAUCAAGAACAGCCUCACAGGAAUGCCGGACUGCUCUUUUGGGUUCAACGAUCGUGUUGUCGGUGCUGGCGCUAACGGGCCGCGAACAGAGGUUGCACAGCAGGUCGCGGGUGUUAGCCAGGCGGGGGUCGUGAUGGAUGAUCUAUCCUUCCACCACUGUGUCCGCCUUGGGAACUUUGCUGUUGACAGGUCGAUAGCCUUCGUUCCACCCGAUGGUGAGUUCCAGCUUAUGGCAUUCCGCGUCACCGAAGAGGUCAAGGAGCCAUUUUCAAUCAAGCCUAUCGUCACCGUCCACGGGAGAAAUCGCAUGGAGAUAGUCCUCAACUUGAGGUGUGGCAUACCAUCAAACAAUGUCGCGGAGCACGUUAUCGUCAGCGUGCCUAUGCCCUCGAACGUCUCAGACGUCACCGCCAUCGAAUCACUCGGGAAGUGCAGGCUGCGAAAGGAUGGCCAGGCAGCCGAGUGGCGUAUCAAGUCGAUCACAGGAGGCACCACUGCUACCCUUUCGAUGGAGGUCCAGUGCGUAAGCUCCUCGUCCAUAGACCUUCGUGAGUGGAGGAGACCUCCUCUUGCUAUGAACUUUGAUAUUCCCAUGUAUACGGCAUCUGGCAUAGAGGUGCGCUACAUAAGGAUUAUAGCCCAGGAAGGGUAUGAGACUGAGAAGUGGCUGACUUACAAGACAAGCGCGGGGACUUAUCAGAUUAGGUGGUAA